AUGAACACGCCUGGAGCAGUAGUUAAAAUAUUUUGGCCAGUUCACGUUUGUUCACCUCAAACAUUACCGGGAUUUCUCGUGGGAUGGAAUGUGAGAAAUUUUACAGUUUGUGUUGCCGCUGUUAUUUCAGAUGUAAAGCUCAGAGAUCUGGAGGCUACAUUGUCUGCUUUAUCUACAGAUAAUCGUUCUUCUUUUGUUUAUAUGAGUGACGUUUGUGGUGCACCUCCAAUUGUCUUAGGGGUAUUGACAGUAGAUUCUAACGAUGUUGAUACCGAAAACAUUCUUCAUGCUGAAGGUGUCAGUUUGGAGAUCAUAUUCUACAAGCAACCAAAUCCUACCCUAUUACAAUACCUUUCACUUGAACCUUUGGUUUUGGAUAUUUCAAAGAAUAAUAAUAGCACAAAGUCGGAACAAGAAUCAACCACCGUCAAGAACAUGAAGAAGAUUACAAGCACCCGAAUCCGUUCAUCGCGUAAAGAAAAGAGUCAUGUAAAUGACUUGGAUCUUAUAUUGAAUCAGGUCAAUUCUUCGUACGAGACAGAAAAAGCAGUUCGGGCUCGAUGUAAAGCUUUCCAAACCCGACGUAAUCGUCGUAGCGCUAGUGUAUCGGAGACAGUAAAAAAGUCGGCCGUUGGCCUAGGGAUAUUCUUGAAAAAAAUUUUAAUGUACCCGAUCCUUUUUCUAGCACCUCUCAUUCGUCCGACAAUUGCACAGCCUAUAUUAUUUUUUUUAGUGCUGGUCAGAGUCUUUGCAGAAAUAGUGUUGUGGAUACUUAAUGUACGAUUUCCAAAUUGGCUUCUUAAUGGGAUUUCAUUAAAAGAUUUAUCUGCAACUGCGCAACAAAUUGAUUUAAGAUUACAACAAGCAUGCUUUUGGCCUUGGCAAUUUAUGUUACAACGACGGCGUGAUUGGACAAAUAUUGCAACAACACGAGCUCAAUAUAUAAGUUUCCAUAAUAGUAUGUGGCUGGUGGCAAAUGAUAUAAUAAUUGGAGUGGCAAUUGGAUUUUUUCUAAUGGAUAAUAAUGAGGCAAUGGCCAAAUUAAUUAUGGAUGAUUAUUUAAAUCAUUACACGAUGGAACGGCUUGAGAAAAUGAUAAUAUGGUUAAUGGGCUGGCCGGCUGGACUUAAACUUAAUAGUGAACUGGAUAAAUUUUUGGGCGAAUUAUUUCUAUGGCUAAUUCUGUUAUGGAAAGGCUGUAUAACAAAUAUAGAACCAAUGGUUCCUAUAAUAAUAAGGAUGAUUGGACUUUCGGGAAUGUUGGGCGCGUCGAUGGUACUUUCUUUGCUGUCGGACUUUUUGUCAUUUAUGACAAUUCAUAUUUAUUCAUUUUAUAUGGUGGCUGCAAGAAUUUUUAAUUGGCAACUUACUAUACUAUACUCGCUAUUUAAUUUAUUUCAAGGCAAGAAAUGGAAUACACUACGGAAUCGCAUAGAUUCCUGUGAUUAUGCUCUGGAUCAAUUGUUAUUAGGAACAAUACUUUUUACACUUUUGACAUUCCUAUUUCCCACGAUUGUGGUAUAUUAUGCUACGUUUGCAUUGAGCAGAGUAGGCGUUAUUUUCUUGCAAGCUGUGAUGGAGACACUUUUGGCAUUUUUUAAUCACUUUCCAUUAUUCGCUAUUAUGCUUCGAUUUUCGGAUCCCGAACGGCUACCUGGCGGCCUACGAUUUGAAAAAUGUGAUCCAGAUUAUUUUGCAACCUAUGAGAUGCCUUUAGCACGUGUAUUUAAAGGCCUCAAAUCUUUUUGGCCAUGGACUACAAUUUCCUCUAAAAAACCCGUACAGCCUCUAAACAAUGAUAAUUCGAAAAUAUCUAAUUCCACUUCUGACACAGCCACAACUUCAAUGUCACAAAUUCAGGAGGACACAAAUAAAAAUCAGAUUAUUCGUCGAAGAAAAAGUCGGGUAACAAUUGCCGUCAACGGUGCUCCUUCAUCACAUUCAAUUUUAUCACAAACCUCAAAUACACUUUUGCCCGCUACUCCACUAUUAUCAUUGUCUUCAAUUCCAAAAGUUAGCUAUUUAUUCUUACAUAAUUUACCUAUACCAUUGUCCGCCAUAUUCUUCCAAUAUAUGUUACUUUGGAAGAGGUUGAGCUCUCAUUAUUUCUCGUUAUACGUUUUACGUGGACUUGUUAGCGGAAAGACAAUACGUCCAAUUCCUAGACUUCAAUAUCCUAUGUUACCGGAAACGAGGCAAGCCAACCUUAAUGGACUUUUGGUUAUUUCUCAAACUUAG